UCACAACAAACCAGCAUCGGCAAUUCCAAACACACUUGCAUCCACUUCAGACAAUCCACGUAGCCAUUGUCUGGGCCUUUUGUUAGGACAACUACUGCAAACAACUGCUAAGAGAAGGUACCGCGAUUAAUACCCAGACGUGAUUAGUUGAGUCCACCAUGAGAAACGGCGGCCCCACAAUCGCGUUGCUGCUGAUCUUCGGCGCGUUUCUGCUAGCAGCGCAGCCAUCCAGAGGCGCACCACGCCAGUGGUGGCGUAACGGUGCCGAGUCCCAGCCUUUUGCGGCGCCCGCCAGAGGCAACGCGGGCAAAUUCCAGGCGCCAGACACCGCCGGUUCUGCCGUGUACAUCGUGCGCCUGAGCACGGCGCCCCCCCUCCUCCGAAAUACGCGGCGGAAUUGCGGGGUACCCCGCCACUGCCACGUGGGACGACGGCAGCGACGAGGAGGAGAACGACGACGACCGCGUGCCGGAGAUGCUUCUCGCGGCCGAAGAUUCCGGCGCAGCAGGCGGCGAAUCCGAGUCAGAGCCCGAGUCCGUCGACUUGGACGACACCAACGCCGAUCAGCACUUCCCCAACGCAACUGCGCCAGCGCCAGCAGAUGCGGCGCCUGAAACCAGUUCGACUUCCAGCGCACGCGGUGGUCGUGGGAAUGGUGGUGGUAGCAGCAGCGGCAGCGGGCGGGUGCGCGCGGCACAGGCUGCAUCUGAGCAUGGACCGCCCCCAGGUGGCAGCGUUCGCGUCGCUGCUGCAGCGGCAGCAGGCGCAGGUGGCAUCUGAGGCGGGCGUGGGCGACGGCGACCUGCUGUACAGCUUCAAGCACACGUCCAACGGCUUUCGCCGCGCGCCUCACCCCGCGCCAGGCGUGGCGCCUGCAGCGCCAUCCCGCCGUGGCGUCCGUGCGCCGCAGCCGCGUGUUCCAGCGGCGGACCAGCGACUCGCCCAAGUUCCUGGGCUCCCCCGGAAAGGUGUGGCCCGCCGUGGGCGGAUAGAGCAAGGCGGGCGACGGCACGGUGGUGGGAUCAUCGACACGGGCAUCUGGCCCGAACACCCCUCGUUCUCCGACAAGGGGUUUAGUUCGAACUUCCCCUCUGGGUGGAAGGGUAAAUGCGAGCAGUCCAACUCGUUCCGAUGCAACAAACAAGGUGAUCGGCGCCAAGGCGUUCUACACCGGGUUUCAGCGGGCCAGCGGCAAGCCCGCGCUGGCGAACGACUGGCUCACGCCACGAGACGCGGACGGGCAUGGCACGUGGUGCGCGGGCGCGGCGGCGGGGAGCCCGGUGGGCUGCAGGGCGGCGGGCAGGUGAGCGGCAUGGCGCCGGCUGCGCGGAUCGCGGCGUACAAGGUGUUCUGGACGGACCGCAGCAGCGGGGAAAUGUAUGCGGACGAGUCAGACAUCAUCGCAGCCGUCAAUCAGGGCGUGGCGGACGGCGUGGAUGUGCUGUCGCUGUCCCUGGGGGCAUGGAUCCCAACGACAACUAUUUCAACGACCUGGCUUUUAUGCGGGCCAACGCUGCGGGGUGGGGGUGGUUACCGCACGGUGGACAACUUCGCACCCUUCUUUCUGACUGUGGGCGCCAGCACCAUCGCACGGGAGCGUCCCUAGCUUCGGCAGCAGCAGCAGCCGGCACUCAGUCGCUCCCCUCAAUGCCAUUGCCGGCGCCGCCAGCACCAACAGCACUGUCAACUGCAACGGCACUGGCAGCGGCAACAGCACAGGCAACGGCACCAUGCCAGGUGAUGGCAGCGGCACCACUUUCACUGCCGACGGAGGUAUCACCUUCGCCACCUCCUCCUCCUCCGCCCGGUGGUUGCUGACUUCUCGUCCCGCGGCCCCCCCUCAUACCGCCCUCUGCCACGGCCCAGCCCCCCCAACCAGGCAACGCCAUCCUCAAGCCCGACAUCAUCGGCCCCGGCGUGGACCUCCUA